UUUUAAAUUCGAUUCAAAAAUGCCGGGAGAAGAAGACCAGAAUGUUAAUGCAAAUCAGCCUCAGGAUAAUGCAGGAAAGAACGAUAAGGAUAAAAAGAACCAGCAGAAGAAACCCAAGCCGCUUGAUAAGCCAAGGAGUUCGCUGGCUUUACAGAUUCUACUGUAUUUUGAUUAUUUCUUCUCUAUUUUCUACGGUAUAGUCACUCUGGUACUGCUCAUCUACAAAUCUUUUGAACUGAUAUACCCCUCGUCAGUCUUUGAACUAGAGGUUACCUUCCUGAUCUUGUUCUGGAUCUGGCAGCUGAUCAAGAUCUUCUUGGGAUCAAAGGGAAAUAAGACAGAAACUAAUCUGACAACUUUAUUCUUCGUGAUACUGACAAUUCCUUCCAUCUUUGGGUUCUGCUUCUACAUGCUCCUCCAGACAUAUGUGCUUGUUAUAGAAAUUAUCCUCAAUGCUAUAGGUAUUUUCUUCUGAGUACUAGAACUGAUCAUUGGUUUUGUACAGUUCUUUAUCUUCAGAAAAAUUGAGAAAAGCGAUUAAUAAAAUGUUUCAAUUGUGAAAUAA